CUCGAGCGUGUCGCGAGGCCCUGCAUCGAGAAGAAGACGUGAGCUCCCGUUCAUGGUGCGGCGGGGUUCGAUCGAAGCUGUGCGCCAUUGAGGAACACGACUACAGAACGGACUACCUGAAGUUCACAGUGUUUCUUAUGAUAGCAUGUUUCUUCAAGGCGUUCCAGAAGCAGCUGUGCGUGCCCUACAUGAGCUGGGUGUUCCUGCUGACCACGGUCCUGCUGUGCCUGAUGUCGUUGACGGGCUCGCUGCGGAGGAGCAGUGGCCUGGGCGCCGGGGUCGGCGUGCAGGCCAUCCGCGCUUUCCUGCCGGCAUUCGUGGUGCACACGACGCAGGGCAUCAACAACUACAUCUUCCGCCGGUGCCACGUCGACAUCAUGGUCUUCUCCGUUGGAACAUUCACUAUCACCGUCGUGAUGGCUUCGGUGUACGCGUUCCACAAGGUGUCCGACGGGUCGUGGAGCGUCAGGGAGUGCGUCUUCUUCGGCCUCUUCAUGUGCUCUGUAGAGCGGGUACCCUUGAGCAGCGUCAUCUUCGACGAAGAGUACCACGACGUGCUGCUCUUCCCGGUUCAGAACCAGCUGGUGGCCGUUGUCGUGGGCUGCGCUCUCGGCGCGGCCACCAUGAGCGUGCUGAAAGUGAUGACCUGCGGUGACGACUCGGUCGUCGUGGCGGUGGUGGGCGGCACCUACCUCACGUUCUUCCUGCUCGAGUCGGUCAACAGCUCGGGCGUCACCGGCGUCAUCGCGGACACCACGGUGGUCUCCUCGGAUCGACUCAUCUCCUGUUCGGAGCUCGAAGGCACGCUGGGGUCGUUCCCCCUUCUUCUUCGGCAUGUGAGAGAAACUGGUCCGAGUUCGGAAUUGCGCCCACCAAGGUGCUGGUCGGUGAUGUUGGACUGGACUGGAACGCUGACCACCUUCAUCUGCGCCACGUUCACGGCCUACAUGCUUGUCUACUACCUACGCACCUACGACUGGCAGGACAUAAUGCUUAGCUACAUCGCCAAGAUGAGCAUGCGAUGCCUCGCGGUGUUGAUGAUAUACCCGUUCGUCGGCCACUUCGGCUACCGCAUCACGACCAAGCAGGCGAUCGUGCUGGCCGGCAUGGGCCUCAAGGGCACCUACAUCGUCUCCCUCGCCACGCUCUACCACAUCACGUACCAGGACACCCACAACGAGAACCUAACUAAGUUGUUCAUGUACGUCACCUCGGACAUGGCCCUCACGCAGUUCAUGAACGCCUCCCUCGUUCCGUUCCUGCUCAAGAUGCUCGGCAUCCUCGACGUGUCCGAGGUGGAGUGGAGCACGAUGAAGGACGCCGUGGCGUACCUGCAGGAAGCGGUGGACGUGACGGUGCAUGUGAGCCGCCACAACCCGUACUUCCUGGCCGCCGACAAGACCUGGGUCUUGCGCAACACUCGCGUCCGGAACCCGCUCGACGUCGUGCCGCGAUACAACGCAAGGCUCCCACCGAGGAAGGAGAAGGCCCACUGGCGCAGCUCCCGCAGAAGACACCACGCCGAGAUUCUCGCGGUAGAGAACGUCCUCCGCAUCGAAUCGCUGCUUCUGGUCCAGUGUGCGGAGCUGAUCCACAGGACUCUGGACGCUGUCAUCUACACGGCGUACGAAGCGGGCCACGCCAUCGUCAUCGGCGAGGAGGAGGUCCAGAGGAACGUCUGGAAGUUCGUCGAGUCGGCCGACGUUGCCAUGGAGAUCCGCGGCCGCGCCACCCUCAACCGGCUGCUCGUCCUCCAGAAGCUCGCGGAGGUGCAGUCUCGCUUCCCGGGAAUAACGGUUUCGUUCCGGAGCCGCCAGGCCAGCGCCACGAUCCUGAACGACCUGACCAAGCAGAUCAACGAGAUGCAGCGCGACGGUGUUGUCGAUUCCGAAGACUACAAGUGGCUGCGCUUGGCUGUCAAGGAUCGGCGCAUGUACAUCCUGUCCGAGGCAUGUAGCUUGGCCACCAGCUACAAACCGAUCGCCAUGCUCCGGGUCAUUCCGUGGAUCAACUCGGACAGCAGUCGGCAAUUUCUAGCGAUCAAGAUCAAACCGGUGUCCUUUGCUCCAACCGAAGUCAUCGUGGAGAGGAACGAAGAGAAUGACAUCACACUGACCUAUUCAGGCAUAUUGAAGAUAGAGGGGGAGUACGAGGAGGUUGGCGACGGGGCGCUGCCCAACUCGGCGUCGACGCUGUUCUUCUUCAACGAGGGCUACUUCGUCGACUACGUGCCCGCGCCUGCGUGCAUCGGCGACCUCGGCCUCGUCAUCGAAGAGCCCUCGAUCACGCGAGUCAUUGCCGAGACGCAGGUCAACGCCUAUAUGAUACCAAGAGAGCGAGUGAUUGAAGCUAUAGGGAUCUUCACAAACGCACCGAGUUUUCUUUACGACAUCUGGGCGUACAUAGCGAGAAAUAUAGGACUCUGGGUUCUUCAAACGCAUCCCAAGUACCAGACAUGGCCGCUUGAGAAGAUCCAGCGCCGCUUGGACUUGUUCCUGAUGCCCACCCUGGAGAUAGCGACCAAGUUCAUACUGACGCCCGACAUCCACGACGCCAUUCUGAUCCAGGGCAUCGCUAUCGACAGCGAGACGCAGGAGUACCUCGUCGGACCCACGUACGUGUCUCGCACCACUCGCAGGCUCAGCUUCCCUGGAAUCUUUCACCACCGGGUGAGGCCAGUGGUAAUAGUGAUGGCUGACAAGCGCUACCACUUGCCAGCCGAGAUUGACUGGCUGCAGCCAACCGAAGGUGGCGAUAAAAACUACGACGAGUACAUGAACCAGGAGUUCGGACAGGAGCAGAUGUACAUCCAGGAGGACUACUGACCUGUUCGGGAUGGCUCGCCCGUUGGAAGCCGGCAUCACCUGCGCCUUCGGGAAGCGCCUGUAAAUAACGUUUAGUGAAAAUGUACACCGCGGAAAUUCACGAAACGAAACACCUGCGGUUACCCCCGAACGUGAUUUUUUUUUUUGGGGGGGGGGGGGGUAUGUGCGUGAUUAUUUUCACAAGUCGAAUGAAAGCGAGUCAGCGAACUCGCGGGCUUGAAACUUUAUUCGUUUUUCAUUGUUAUUUCUGGUGGUCAUUACGCUUCGAAUUCUAUUUAAUUGUAUUCGACGAGUGGUUAUCUAUAUAGCGAGAAAGCACGACGGCACGUUCAUCAAGCACGCCAUCAGGCACUCAUUGGAGUGAGUAGCGGAACGCGUUCAGCAACAUGCAUCGAAAUAAAGCCGAAAUGUACCUGAAACGUUUGUUGUACGCUUAUGACGUUUUCUAAACGAACCCUGUCGGAUUUGGCUGACCGCCGCUGUUAACCUGCUCGCUUGCCCAGUAGCGUAUACACACGGGACAGCACUC